UUCUUAUUUUAUGAAUAACCAAUUAUCCUUAGUAAGAAAGAGUAUUUACUUCAUCUCAACAACUUUAUCUAUAUGCCUAUAAAUUCCUAGCACAACCAUUAUACCAAAACACAUUCACAAGCAAAAUAACACAUACUCAAACAAACACCAUUUGAACCUUUCAUCAAAACUCCAAAAAGAACAAUGUCACCACCAUUUUCCCUUCUCUUUUUCAUACUCUUAGCACCAUUAUUACUUCUAGCUCAAUCUCCAUCUCCAUCUUCGUCUCCUUCGGCCGCGUGCAAAGCGACAUUGUAUCCAAAACUCUGUCGCUCGAUUUUAUCCACCAUCCGAUCAUCGACUUCAGAUCCAUAUAACUACGGAAAAUUCUCCAUAAAACAAAACCUUAAACUAACAAAAAAGCUCUCAAAAGUAUUUCUCGAUUUCCUCAAACGGCACCAAUCGUCGUCCUCUCUAAACCAUGAAGAGUUUGGCGCAUUAGUUGAUUGCAAAGACCUUAACCAGCUCAAUGUAGACUACUUAGAAUCAAUCUCUGAUGAACUCAAAUCAGCCACUAGUUCAUCCUCAGAUACAGAACUUGUUGAUAAAAUUGAAAGCUAUCUUAGUGCUGUUAGUACUAAUCACUACACUUGCUUUGAUGGGUUGGUGGUGACAAAAAGUAACAUUGCUAAUGCUCUUGCUGUUCCAUUGAAAGAUGCUACACAGUUUUAUAGUGUCUCACUUGGAUUGGUUAGUGAUGCUUUGAAUAAACACAUGAAGAGGAAUAAGACACGCAAACAUGGUCUUCCUAAUAAGUCAUUCAAAGUUAGACAACCACUUGAGAAGCUUAUCAAGCUUCUCCGGACAAAAUAUAGUUGCAAGAAAACAUUAAAUUGUACAAAUACAAGAAGUGAAAGGAUUCUUAAACAAAGUGAAAGCCAAGGAAUUUUAUUGAACGAUUAUGUGCUUGUGAGUCCUUAUGGAAAUGCCAACCACACUUCCAUUGGAGAUGCUAUUGCUGCUGCACCAAAUAACUCAACUCCACAAGAUGGUUAUUUUCUUAUCUAUGUUAGAGAAGGUUACUAUGACGAAUAUGUCAUUGUUCCUAAAGAAAAGAAGAAUAUUCUUCUUGUUGGAGAUGGUAUUAACAAAACAAUCAUCACAGGGAACCAUAGUGUCAUUGAUGGUUGGACAACUUUCAAUUCUUCCACCUUUGCUGUUUCUGGAGAAAGAUUUAUAGCAGUGGACAUUACAUUCAGAAACACAGCAGGUCCUGAAAAACAUCAAGCAGUAGCCGUAAGAAACAAUGCGGAUCUCUCGACGUUCUACCGAUGCAGCUUCGAAGGAUAUCAAGACACACUCUAUGUUCAUUCAUUAAGACAAUUCUAUAGAGACUGCAAAAUCUAUGGAACCGUCGACUUCAUAUUCGGCAACGCAGCUGUAGUUUUCCAGAACUGCAACAUCUAUGCUAGAAAGCCACUUCCAAAUCAGAAAAAUGCUGUCACAGCACAAGGAAGAACCGAUCCAAAUCAAAACACUGGAAUCUCAAUCCAAAACUGCACUGUCGAUGCUGCACCUGAUUUGGCUGAUAACUCGAACUCAACAUUGAGUUACUUAGGUAGACCAUGGAAGAUUUACUCAAGAACUGUUUAUAUGCAAUCCUACAUUGGUGAUUUUGUUGAUCCUUCCGGUUGGUUAGAGUGGAACGGAACGCUCGGAUUAGACACUAUUUUCUACGGCGAGUUUGAUAACUAUGGACCUGGUUCUUCAACUGAUAAUAGGGUUCAAUGGCCUGGUUAUUUUCUUUUGAAUGAUACUCAAGCUUGGAAUUUCACUGUUCUUAACUUUACUUUGGGAAAUACAUGGCUUCCUGAUACAGAUAUACCUUACGCGGAAGGAUUACUAAACUAACCAUACAGAUGGUUAUCAGAGCCGUCUUUGAGGGCGUGAAAGGCAGAUCACCAUUCAGGGUCCACAAUUUUUCACGGAGAAAUAGUGCCUCUAUUUAUUUUAGCCGCGGCUAAAAUACACCAGACCUCGAAAACUUGAGACGACUCUGAUGGUGAAUAUUUGUGUUGAAAAUAUAAUUGUAGUUCAACAUCCAAAAGGGAUGACAGUGUUUAUGUUCUAAUGUAAACUUAGGUUAUAAUGAAAAUAUGUUGUUAUAUAUUCCAA